AUGACAGAGCCAACCCACUAUGAGGUCUUGGCCAUACCAAAAAGCCUAAUAGAGGACUCGAGUAAAGAGCAGAUCCCAAAGAUCAUAAAACAAGCCUACCACCGCGCCCUCCUCCGCCACCACCCGGAUAAGACCAACACGCCCCACAGGACAGGGGCGUCAACAACAACCACAUCAUCAUCACCUCCCCCAACAGUGGACCAGAUCACCCGCGCAUACACCACUCUCUCACACCCGGGGGAACGCACAGCCUACGACCGCCACCUCUCCCUCACCCGCAACCCCACGGCACAGUCCUCCGGCGGUGGCGGCGGCGGCGGCGACACCGCCUUCCAGACGGGGAUAGAGACGGUGGACCUCGACGACCUGGACUACACGGAAGACGAUGCCUGUGAGACGACGCGGUGGCACCGUAGCUGCAGGUGCGGCAACGAGCAGGGCUUCGCCUUCGGCGAGGACGACCUCGAGGAGGCCGGGGACCUGGGCGAGCUGGUCGUGGGGUGCCAGGACUGCAGCCUGUGGCUGAGGGUCUGCUUCGCCGUCGUCGAGGACGACGUUGACGAUCGUGGUGGUGGUGGUGACGACAGCAGCGCUGGGGGCGGAUUUGGUGGAGGUGAAGGUGGUGGUGGUGUCGUCGGAGAUGGUGUGGCCAGCAAGGAUGAGGUCGCACGUGGAGGGUCUUGGGGCCACGCGGCGCGGUCAACGGGCCAGCCGGGCUGA